UUUCUUCCGUUCUGUAAGCGGUGGUCUUGUUGCUCCCUGUCAAACCCAAGCUCCUCUUCGUCUCCGUCAGUCCAGUUAGUCGGCUGUGCGCUUCAUGCCGCCGCCACCGCUGCUGCUGAGUUGUGCAAGAUCGACUAGUUGCGACCGUAGGGCUUCUUGCUUCCUAAUUGAGGUGCGGGUGCAGCUUAAUUUGCAGAGAUUUUGGGGGUUCAGCCGAAAACCCCAUCUCUCCAUGUCAAUUUCGCCCGUGCGUGUGGCUUCCAGCGCUGUUCAAUUGCGCUGUUUCGGCCCCUCCCUGUUAUUGCGUUCGUUUCUUGUGCCUGCUGACUUUGCUUCGGGGUACCUGUGUUUCCGGAUUCCGAUUUGAGAUACUUUGUUACAUAUUCGGUUAUAGUUGAUUUUCCUUUGGACAACCUGAUAUGGUUUCCUUGACGCUGGCAUCCUAACCUGCUGACGAUAGAUGAAAGGGACUUUCUUUUCUAUCGCUUUUUUUUUUGUCUUGUACUAGUACAGGAAGACCAAUCAAGAUGACUCUAGUCUCUAAUUGUGCUGGCUGCUUGCAGCAUACCCUGUAUUUGAUAUCUAUCAGUAUAUUGUUUCCUCAAACAUGCAAGAGAGCUGCAUAUCAUUUCAUUAAGAGCAUAUCUAUCUGUAUAUCCCUGCAUAAUCUUUGCUGUCAGUCUGGUGUAAGUACAAGAAUUACUGAUCUCUCUCUCUAUAUAUCUCGAAUAAAGCUUCAGCUUACACUAAUCAUGUCAAACUUGACGUGUAUGUAUUCAAAUAAAAUGUGAUGGUUUCUUAAUAUUACAAUACCUGAGCAUGCUGCAGCACCAAUUUUUCUUAUUUUUAAUAGUCUUACUGUGUAAUAUAUAAGAAAAAAAUAAGUAUUGUAUUUGCCCCAGUCAUUGGUUGGGAAACGAAAACUGAAAGAACAUAUUACCUCACCACAUUUUAUCAUUGAGAUUAUUAUAAUUAUUCAUGCUUAGGUUUUGUAAAGUGCUUCUCUUUUAUGUGAACCUUGAUGCGAUCAGGCCUAGAUAUGUUGUUCUAUGUUCAUUAGGAGAUUGGAUCUGCCCCUGGUAUCCAGGAGCAAGAGGUGAAACUUUGAUUUUCUAUGCUAUUGGCUAUGAGAUAUGGACUUUUCAUUUUGAACAACAUCUAGAGGACUGCCUGGGCCAAGCUUUUUAGUCAGAAAAGAAUGGGUGGCUGCUGCUGCUGUUCGUCGAGAAGAUCUGAAGCAGUUAGAGCACCAAUUGUAUAUCGUCAACAAAAUCUGGAGGAGCAUGAGCCGCUGUCCUCAGCUUUUGAUGGUUCAUCUCCAGCCUCUGCAAUUGUUGCAGUAGACACAAAUCUUGAUACAUCCACACCUGACACUUAUCGAGCACCACCUGCACCUUUGCCUUAUGAUGUUGUUUUGGCAGUUCCAGAUAACCCUGAUGCAGGUUUGGAUAAGUCAGACAUUAAAAACAAAACUGAUGACCAACAGGAGUCCAUAAAUGAUCAGGAGUCCUUAAAGGUGGAUGAGUCAUGCAAGAAAGGUGUCCCUGAAGAUAAGCCUGAUGAGGAGGAUGUUUGUCCUAUCUGCCUUGAAGAAUAUGAUGAAGAAAAUCCCCGUUCUGUAACUAAAUGUGAGCAUCAUUUCCAUCUUUGCUGCAUCCUUGAAUGGAUGGAACGAAGUGAUACGUGCCCAGUUUGUGAUCAGAUAACCUUGGUGGAUGAGAUGUUCGAAUAAGCCUGGUAACCCUGGUGGAUCAUCUCGUGAAGCUCUUGGUUACCAAGGAAGGUGCGGUCAGCAAAUUCUCUGCUCUUCAUAUUGGUUCGUUCUGGGUUGCUCCCCUGGUAAUGAUUUGAUGAAAACAAAAUUGAGUGAUUGAAUUGCAUAAAUGUAUUUGCGCCCACCUUGGUCUAUUGCUUUACUGUAUCAUGCUUUUGCUGUUCAUAACAGCAGGUGGAUUAGGAAACUGUUGUUUGAAAUAUAUAUAUGUCUGUUAGCAGGUUGAUUCAGUUCAGAGUUCAAAACCCUCCCCUUUUCUUUUUUUCUGAAUUCAGGUGUCUGCCGGUUCAUCCAUGAGCCGGUCAGCUGUGUAUAUCAUACAUUAGGUAGGUGACAGGUAAAAUGGUCUUCAUGGGGUUUCCAUUGUACAAUCUAUGCUAUUCAGGCUUCCUGUAUAUAAUCCUUCCCAUAUUAUUCUUUUGGAUUGUUUA